AUGUUGUCCGAAGAAUUCUACUCCUGCAUCUGCGGUCCGCCUAUUGCGGCAAACACCGCCGUCUCCAAGGAUGUUGGCAUCUACGCCCACACGCUCAGCCCCAGCUAUUCCGUCAAGUCAACUCUCAAGAAGAGCAAUACCCCGGCAAACUGUCUGGCUGUCAGUGACUCGCACGUCUUUGCCGCCCAGAACGAAAAGUCCCAGGUCCAUGUCUACUCGAGGACGCGGGGAAUCCAAGAGACCACCGUGACCUUCCCUGAGCGAAUCCGCAGCUUGGCGUUGAUCGAUGAUGUCUUGGCGUUAGGGACUUCCGAAGGCAGACUGAUAUUGUGGGAAACAUGCACUGGUCGUCAAAUGACCACCCCGCCGUGCCACGUCCAGGCUGUGUCUUGCCUUGCAGUUACGCCGCAUCAUCUCAUUACUGGUUCCGAAGACUCAAACAUCCAUGUCUGGACGUUGUCCCGUCUCCUGGAGCUAAAUGCUUCAGUCGAGAACGAACCGGACCGCACUCUCUCCAACCACCGCGCCGCAGUUACGUCGUUGGCUGUCAGUCGCAGUGUCAACUCGGAAACCAGCAUCUGCGUGUCAGCCAGCAAGGACAAGACAUGCAUCAUUUGGAACUAUCAAACGGGCGACGUUCUUCGCACGCUGCUGUUCCCCACAGCUCCGCUCUGCGUUUCCAUGGAUCCUUGCGCUCGUGCCGUCUUCGUUUCAUCCGAGGACAGAUCCCUCUACCUCGUCGAGCUGCUCGGAGACAAACCGCUGAUUGGUCCGCGCAGUGCUGAGUCGUCCUCCACAGUCGUGCAAGUCAAUUCGCCGAUUGGGGUCGCUGAUGAGGAUGCUGGCCCAGCUUCGUGCUUGGCAACCAACCAUGAUUGCACGACAGUCCUGUCCGGCCACACCAAAGGCAAGAUCUUGCAAUGGCAAUUGACCGAGAACGGUCACCCUACAGAGCUUACGGACCUGAAUGCCUCUGUAACAAACCUCGCGUUUCCCCCGCUGCUGCGGACUCCGCGAUCCACAAAACCUGCUGCAGUGGUCAAGCCGAGCUUGGCCGAGCGGCAAUACACUUUCACGUCUCAACUAAGUGCAGAGCUUCAGCAAGAGACGAGAUUCACCAACAUGCUCAAUGGCCACGGGCUGCCCAAUGACGUUCUCGAAACCGCCAUUCUCUCGUUUCAGGAAACUCCUGCGCAUACUUCCGCUGAAGUUGACGAUGCGGAUACUCAGAAAGAAACGGAUGAGUUAUGGGAGAUUAUCAACGAGCAAAGGGCUUUGCAAAGGCUGACCAUGCAGCGAUAUGUCCAAGUCAAAUCGUCCCAUUGA